CCAAAUUCAGCCCUAUUCUAAGCGAAGAUAUACAAAUCCUCCACAAUGACAGCAUCUGCCUCCUCCAAAAGUACCAUUCCGCAUAAAUCCUUUAGUAACUUCAACUCAAGGCUUAGCUCCUCAGAGGAUGAAGAGACUGCCAAAGAGGAAAGAGAUCCUGAGAUAAAAGAUAUCCUAGACUUUACAAACCAAUUUUACCAGUUUUAUAAGAAGGCAAAACGGAAUAAUAAAUCUACAGCCAGCAAAAGAAUUAUUCAGCGCCCAUUAUCUAGGUUUAGAAUGAAACCUCUUAGUCCUAGCCCAAGUCUUAGGGCAAGAUUGAGAGAGAAGAUAGAAACAAAACCUAAGUUCGGAAGAGUUCAUCGCAGAGUUAGAUCAAAGCCUAAAAUAAUCACAAAAAGUUUACAGAAAACUUUUAAAAAUAAACUUAGCGUUGUUCAGAGAUACGUUAUGAAUGAUACUACGGGAGAAGAAAUGAAGCAAAGGUCCUUCAAGAAGAGUAAACGAAAUCAAACCAGUAACAGCAAGUCAGGAAAAUCACCUUCAAAGCCAAGAAUAGACUUAACAAAGGAAGUGAAGCCAAAAGAAAAGGAGGAGAAGAAAGAUUCUGUUCCAAAUAAAAUUCAUAAAAGAAGGGCUAGCAUUCUCAGGAACUACAGUAUGCAACCUAGAGUUUCCAAAUACAGGAGGAAAAUGUCUAGCUUAAACCAGCUCUUCGAAAGUGUUCAAAGAAUGCUAAACAGAAACAAUCCGAAAAUAAACCUGGUUGAUCAAAACGGGCUUCCAGUCAUGAACGAGAGCAGCGCCGAGACACUAGAGACAGGAAAGAAUUCGAGCAUAAAGAAAAAUCUUAAGAAAAAAGGCAAUUUCACUGCAAAAUUUAGAAGAACUAAUAAUAAUCCGAAAGUCACACGGCUAGGUGAAGAAAAGCGGGAGAGCAAAAAGCAAAUGCAAAACUGUAGAAGUAGUGAUUUGAGGUCUGUUGAUGAUUCAAGCAAGCAAUCAAUAGACAACCCCUUCUCUCCAGCCCCUGAUUCUAUCUCUGGUGGUUUUGACCAGACUUUCAAUUCUGCUCUUCUGAAGCAAGAUUUUCUCAAAGUUCAAAGUAAAUCUGGCAAACGGAAGUCCAUAGAUGAUUUUGAAAUUCUUGAGUGUCUGAAAAUUGGCAAUCAUUCUAAAGUAUACUCUGUUUUAGAUAAAAAUAUGAGGAAAUAUGCACUCAAAGUGUAUAAAUAAAUAUUACAUUUACAGCAAAGAAACUAAUACAACUUUGAUGGAUAUCAAGAGAGAGAAGUACUGCUUGAGAGAAUUGCGGAAAUAACAAUUUUAUUGUGAACCUCAAAAGUCAGUUCCAGGAUGACAAGAACUUCUAUCUUCUAACUGAGUAUCUGAGUCAGGAAAAUUUAGAGCAGAGAAUCAAGUCCAAGCUCGGGCUUUCACAAGGAGAGAUUAGCUUCUAUCUUUCUGAGAUAAUCUGAGCUCUCAAGAGUAUUCACGACAGUAAUAUUAUUUACAGAAAUCUCAUGCCUGAUAACGUAUUGUUUUCCAAAGAAGGUCAUGUCAAGCUCAUUGAUUUCGGAAUUUCCAAGAAAUUUAAUAGCCUAAAUGACUCAAGGACAUACACCAUCUGAGGCACUCCAGGAUACCAAAGCCCAGAAAUGCUGUUUGGCAAUGGCUACAACCACAAAAGUGAUAUCUGGGCUCUAGGAGUGACUAUGUGUGAAGUAUUGGGUGGUGCUCUUCCUUUCAACAGCAACGACCCAGUGCGGAUCCAUUGCAAAGUGGUCAAUAAUGAAUACAUGAUGCCUAAAUAACCUUAAAAAAGAGAUGAAAGACCUACUUAAGAAAAUAUUCGUGUGAUUCCCUGAAGACAGGAUCUCCUUGCCUGAGAUCAUGGCGCACCCUGCUUUCUCAGAAAUAAAAUGGAAAGAAGUUAUGAUGUUGAAAUAG